CACACGCUGUCAGAUGACCUAAGCUUCAACUUCAACUACAGAGAUGAAUCACUUUCUGUGUGUGAUGGCUGCAGGUCUUUACCUGUACAUGCAAUGUCACGUAAAUGCAGAAUCUCGUUUGAGCAGGAGUGUUAUUGAGAAAGCUGUGGUUGCGGCCAAGGCCACUGUGGACAACACUUAUGCAUCCUCCCGAAAAGAGAGCAUCGCCCGUGUGAGGAGGAAUACAGCAAAUCCUUCGGACAUGCUGCGGUUGCUGAAGCAGCCUGCUGGGCUGACCCGCCUUGCAGUGCGGGCUGCAGACUAUAUGGACAUCACUGUGUCACUGCUCAAGGGCUCUCUGCAAAGACGUCAAAAACGCUCAAUCAACGCCACAGAUCUGAUCUCUGAAGAGGAGCUGCAGGUCAUUGCUAAUCUGACAGGCUGCUCCCCCCAGCAUCGGGCCCCUUCCUGCAGAACCACUCCAAACUUAGACAAGUUUCGCACUGCGAGCAGUGUCUGCAACAACAGAAAAAACCCUCGCUGGGGGUCUGCUAACACUCCAUUCUCCCGCUGGCUUCCUGCUGAGUACCAGGAUAAAAUCUCUCUGCCCAAAGGAUGGGACCCUGAGCACAAGAUCAACAACCAUUUGCUGCCACUGGUGAGGGACGUGUCCAACCAUAUUAUGAGCACAGCUAAUGCUGAUGUGGAGAGUGACCCAUUGUACACUUUCCUGGUGACAAUCUACGGCCAAUGGACCGACCACGACCUGACCUUCACUCCUCACUCCCCUGCCAUCAGUUCAUUUAGUAAAGGUAUCAACUGUGACAAGAGCUGCGAACGCACAGAGCCCUGUUUCCCCAUCAAGAUCCCCAGUGGAGACACCCGCUUCAGCAAUCACUCCGAAUGCAUGCCCUUCUUCCGCUCAGCACCAGGAUGUGGUUCUGGCAACACAGGUCACCUCUUCGGUGCCAGCAAUGUUCGUCAGCAGAUGAACGCUCUCACAGCUUUCCUUGACUUGGGCCAGGUGUACGGUUCAGAUCAUACCAAAGCUCUCUUCCUUCGUAAAGAGAGGGGCCUUUUAAGGGUCAACACAAAGCACAAAGACAAUGGCCGCGAUCUCCUGCCGUUCGCCGCCACAGGUGCCAACAUGUGCGCGACACGAGCCCGCAUUACUCGCAACGUCAAUGUCGAGGAGGUGCCCUGCUUUGUGGCUGGUGAUGCACGCGUCAAUGAGAACAUCGCUCUGACCUCUCUGCACACACUGUUGAUGCGUGAGCACAACCGUCUGGUACAUGCCCUGAAAAAACUCAACUCUCACUGGGACGGGGAGAGGCUCUACCAGGAGGCCCGCAAGAUCAAUGGAGCAUACUUUCAGGUUGUCACUUUCAGAGACUACUUGCUCCACAUUGUAGGUCCAGACUUUAUCGCGAAGCAGCUGUCCACCUACCCUGGUUAUGAUGAACGUGUGGACCCUAGCAUCGCCAAUGUGUUUGCCACGGCUGCCUACAGAUUUGCUCACCUGAUGGUUCAGCCAUUUAUUUACCGUCUUGAUGAGAAAUACCAGGAGCACCCUGAUUAUCCCGACGUGCUUUUGCACAAAGCCUUCUUCACACCAUGGAGGCUGAUCUUUGAAGGUGGUUUGGACCCAAUCCUGCGUGGGCUAAUGGGCCGCCCGGCCAAGCUGUCUACACAGACGCACAUGAUGCCUGAGGAGCUCAGGAACCAGUUGUUCAAGUUCUCCAGUGAUUUGGCGCUUGAUCUGGCCGCUAUUAAUUUGCAGAGAGGCAGAGACCAUGGACUCCCCGGAUACAACCAAUGGCGCAAACACUGCGGGCUCUCGCAACCCAAAAAUCUGAAAGAGCUGGCAAGUGUUUUGAACAACACAGAUAUAGCCAAGAAACUUCUGGAUCUCUAUCACACACCUGACAACAUCGACGUGUGGAUGGGAGGAGUGGCUGAGCCGUUUGUCCGCGGUGGUAGAGUGGGACCCCUCUUUGCCUGCCUAAUUGCCACUCAGUUCCAGAAGAUCCGCCAGGGAGACCGACUUUGGUGGGAGAAUGAUGGAGUCUUCACUUACGCUCAGAGGGCGUCCCUGAGGGAAACAUCACUUGCCCGCAUCAUCUGUGACAACACCGGUAUCACUGAGCUACCUAAAAGACCCUUCCAGUACCGACCUCGUGGGUCAGGAUACACUCAGUGUAGCGAUAUCCCAGCCUUUGACCUCAGCGCAUGGAAGGAGCAUGGAGUCCCAGCCACCCCUAAACCCACUACACACCCUCAAAUUGCCAACAACGUUGCCUUCUCUGUGCGACUGGGCAACAAUUUUCCUGAAACUGGCAUGCCAAUUCCAUUUCAAGAGGUAAUCUACAAUGGACAGAAUAGCUAUGAUGUAUCGACAGGAUAUUUCACCUGUGAGCAACCCGGCGUUUAUGAGUUCCAGUUCCACUGCACAAUCUUCAGUAGAGCUGCCAGCUUAGAUCUGAUGCGUAACGGAGAACUGAUCGUGCACUCAUUCACCACCCGGCAAAACAACCACAUCACAGCAAGUGGCAACGCGUAUUUAAAGCUUGUGAAGGGAGACAAGGUAUAUCUGUUGGCCAACCAUGAUGGCAACGGUCUGACCAGUGACAGCUUCUUUUCAGGGCAUCUGUUGUUCACUGAGCCGGAGACUGCUGACAAAACUGCUCCUUGACAUCCUCAAAACACUGCACGUUUAAGUGUAGCAGAGAAACGCUGAGUUUGUUGAAGUCACAAAAUUCUGUUCGGAACUUUUUUGACAGAAAGCAAAGUGUCUAACAAAGCUGAAGUUUAAGACUUUUUUACAUGGAAUGGUCAGAUGAUGAUUAUAGACUAGUACCUUUAUAGACUAGUACCUUUACCGGAGACAAAUAUAGAGGUCAGUAGUUAUCACACAUGGUUUUUUAUUUGUCUUUGGAAGACUGUGAAAAAUGACCUGACAUUAUUUGAGUUGAUAUGUGCUACAUCUGAAAAGUGAAUCUAAUAAGUUAAUUAAGCUACAAUUGCAAAAGCUGUAUUUUUUGCUGACCUUUCGGAGACACUCUUUUAUUUCUUCCAAAAGUAUGUGUAAGACUUUGAGUCAUUUUAUUUCGGGCAUUAUUCGUUAUUGAUGUGGAGAUUAACUUCUGCAUCUGAGAGACUAUUAUGAAGAUACAGAACAAAUGGAAGAUAAUGUUUGUUAGCAGACCCAGCGGACGAUGUCAGUAGGCAGACCAGCAGAUGGCAGUGGUGUACAACUUAAAAAGGACAGGAAGGCUGGCACCAGCAUCAUUUAAAGCUGCACUGAAUACAAAUGGUCAAGAAGACUGUGGUGAAAAGUUUGGCAAAAUGAUAAUGAUAAUGGUAUAGGUGGAUUUGACCUGCAGUACCUCUGUAUUGCUACAAACAAGGAUAUGAAUUAAUUACAAAAUAAUUAGUAGGAAAUACCAAUUCUGAAGAAACUGCAGUGGGUUGGUCGCCUUUUUUAAAACCUGAAGCUAAACUUUGAUGAUGUCCUGUAUAUGUGUGAAGAGAUGGUUGAAGCGUUUGAAUGUAUGUAAACUGUAGUGUAAGCACUGUUGAGUAUCAAAUAAAGGUAAUAUUUUG